UAACGUAAAGUAAAGCAUUACGUGACCAAUAGAAUAUCGAUAGCUUUGAAAAUACAACGUGCGGUAGCGCACUGUUCAGUGUUAAAUUUUCCGUCAUUUUUAUUUCUUUUUAAAAAUAUUUUCGAACAAAUAAGACGUUGCAAACAUUGUUCAAUUGUGUAUAUAUAUAUAUAUUAUUAUUAUUAUUAUUAUUAUUAUUAUUAUUUUUCUUUUCUUUUUUCUUUAAUAUAUUUUUCUGAUAGAUACACCUCUUAUAUGAUACAUUUACGAUAAGAAUUUCUAACAAUUCAUUGUUUUUGUUGUUUCGUCAGUUUUCAUUUUACACAACGAUACUUCGUACAUCUUCCGCAAAUGUAUUAUUAAUGUAUUCGUGAUAUCUAUUAUUUUUUCUCAUCCUUGCAAUUUAGUUUAUAAAGAUCGAGAAAGAAAUGAAUAAGAGAAAUUAAAAAAAAUUCUAUAAAAUAAUGUGACUUAUCCAUUGUUUUUAGAAAAAAAAAAUUAUUGUCAUCAAUUCUUCCUAUGUAGAAUAAUUUAAAAUGUCUGAAAAAAGUCAAACUAGUCAACCACAACCUAUCGUUAAGAUAGGUCAUUAUACAUUAGGACAAACUUUAGGUGUUGGUACAUUUGGUAAAGUAAAAAUUGGUGAACAUGUUUUAACAAAGCAUAAAGUUGCAGUAAAAAUUCUAAAUCGGCAAAAAAUUAAAAGUUUGGAUGUAGUGGGUAAAAUAAGACGGGAGAUACAAAAUUUGAAAUUAUUUAGGCACCCUCAUAUUAUUAAAUUAUAUCAAGUCAUAAGUACACCAACAGAUAUAUUUAUGAUUAUGGAAUAUGUCUCUGGAGGGGAGUUAUUUGAUUAUAUUGUAAAACAUGGAAAACUGAAGGAGCAUGAAGCACGAAGAUUUUUUCAACAAAUUAUUUCUGGCGUUGACUAUUGUCACAGACACAUGAUAGUUCAUCGUGACUUAAAGCCAGAAAAUCUUCUUUUAGAUCAUAAUCUUCAUGUGAAGAUAGCAGAUUUUGGUCUAUCAAAUAUGAUGAUGGAUGGAGAAUUUCUACGUACGUCAUGUGGUUCACCAAAUUAUGCUGCGCCUGAAGUAAUAUCUGGAAAAUUAUAUGCUGGUCCUGAAGUAGAUAUUUGGUCAUGCGGAGUUAUAUUAUAUGCUUUACUUUGUGGUACAUUACCAUUUGAUGAUGAACAUGUGCCUACAUUAUUUCGUAAAAUAAAAUCUGGAAUUUUUCCUAUUCCGGAAUACUUAAAUAAAAGUGUUGUUAGUCUACUAUGCCAUAUGCUUCAGGUUGAUCCUAUGAAAAGGGCUACAAUUGAAGAUAUAAAGAAACAUGAAUGGUUUCAAAAAGAUUUGCCGUCAUAUUUAUUUCCAUCGCCUGUAGAACAAGAUUCUUCUGUGAUUGAUAUAGAUGCCAUUAAUGAAGUUUGCGAAAAGUUUAAUGUGAAGGAAGCAGAAGUUCAUUCUGCCUUACUUGGUGGUGAUCCACAUGAUCAACUGGCAAUUGCUUAUCAUUUGAUUAUUGAUAAUAAAAGAAUUGCCGAUGAAGCUGCUAAAGCAGAAUUAAAAGACUUUUAUGUGGCAUCAAGUCCACCACCAGUUACAUUUAGUCCAAGUGAUGCUAAUAGCAGUCCGCUAAGACCUCAUCCAGAAAGAAUUGCUCCAUUAAGACAAUCCUCGCAAAGUUCAUCCGCAUCAAUGCAAGGAAGUAGAGGUACACCAGUGAAACGAGCAAAAUGGCAUUUAGGAAUAAGAUCACAGUCCAAACCAAAUGAUAUCAUGAACGAAGUUUACCGUGCAAUGAAGGCACUUAAUUUUGAAUGGAAAAUAAUAAAUGCAUACAGUGUUAAAGUUAGACAGAAAAAUAAAUUAACUAGCAGAUAUAGUAAAAUGUCGUUACAGCUUUAUCAAGUUGAUUGUAAGAGUUAUCUGUUAGAUUUUAAAUCUUUAUCCAGUGAAGAAACAGAAGAUAUUAGCAGAGAUCCCUCUUUGCCACCACCUCAAGCAACUGGCCAUCAUACUAUGGAAUUUUUUGAAAUGUGUGCUGCAUUAAUUACACAAUUAGCACGGUAAAGUGACUUCUGUUACAUAUAUUUUACAUUAUUUUAAAUAUUGGUAAAAUAUCUUCUGUAACUGCUAAAAAAUUAUUAUAAAAUAAUGAAAUUUCUGUACGAGAUAUAUGUGUAUAGUGAGAAAUGGAUAGCCCCUUUAUUCUAUUAUAUAUAUCAGUAUUUUAAAAUCUUUGUGAGAGGUCAUCAAAUUUUGUUUAGUUUAAUACUAUAUUUGAUUAAUGAUGAUAUUUUUAUGUAAUUUCGUAAUAUUGUAAAUAUCAAUUUUAUUGUCUACAA